GCAAACCCGAAGCACAUCAGAUCUCGGUAUUAAGGUCUGCAUUUCAGCCUGUCCCAAUCAGAUCAAAUUCUCCUUCACUAUUACAACACACCCACUUCUGAAAUUCAUAUAAAUGUGAUCACAGAGUUGAAAUCCAUCCAUGAAAAUUUCCAAUUCUAGGGCCAAAAUGGGCGAAGAAAAAACCAGCGGAGAAAUUGGGGAAAGGAAAUUUAGAGGAGUUAGGCGAAGAUCUUGGGGAAAAUGGGUUGCAGAAAUAAGGAUUCCGAAAAGUAGGGCUCGAGUUUGGCUGGGAUCUUAUGCUACGGCAGAGCAGGCGGCUCGGGCAUUCGAUGCCGCCGCUUUGUGUUUGCGGGGCCCCGCAGCUGCCCUAAAUUUUGCGAAUUCUGUUUAUUCAGUUCCUUGUUCUGCCUCUGCAACUUUUUCGCACCGCCAAAUUCAGCAGCUUGCCGCCGCUGCCGCCGCCGGGAAUACCAAGAUUGGCGGCGCUUUUAUUCCAAAAGGUGCAGUUUUUGAAGAGAAGGCGGAGGGAUUUCUUGAUCUGACUGACAGUUCGGAGAAUGUUGUGGAAACGUUUUUUAAGGAUUUGGGUAUUGAUCUGGAUGCUCCGCCAGAGAGCCAAUUGACAUUGAAUUUGCAUUCGUUUGGUUAAAAUGUGAAAUUUGAUUGCCUAUUGAGGAUCUCCUGUCUGGCAGCUCUUUUGGGUUUAGAUGGUGUCUCUUAUCAAUAUUUCGGAUCACCCCCGGUAGCUCGAACAAUCCAAUGAAGCCGGGUGAUACAAUCAGUAACAUUUUAUGAUCAUUUUUAGGUAUUAAUAUUUUAGAUCUCGUUCUAUGAUUAUUUUUCGAAACUCUAAUUUGGAUCUGUUUGAUUAGUUGGAUGAUUUAACUAGCGAUUGCAGUUCCUAUGGGUGCAAUGGAUGAGUACUAAGAAAAUCAAGGGGACACAUGGAUGUGAUUGUUUGUAUGAUUUAACUAGCACUUGAGGUUCCUAAGGGUGCAAUGGAUGAGUACUAAGGAAAUUAAGAGGGACACAUGGAUGUGAUUGUUUGUUUCUGUUAUCAGGAUCAUGUUGAAGGAUUUGUUUUGUACAAUAUAUUAAUAUAUAUUUAAUAUUCAGAUAA